GCGGUCCACAUUGCCCUUGCAUUUGCCGCGUCGCAACCGGUUAACGGUUGGCGCCUGGCGAUUUUCGAAAGCCGACUGGACACUCAGAUGGCGAAGCAGGACGAUGCGGAAUCGAAGAUGAUUUUCUUGAGCUUCACCCGCCAGCAUGGCGGAGGCGCUCACUUCCGAUUGUCGCCGCUAGUGCCCAACCAAUAUGAAGAGUUUUAUGGAUCUCACGUGCAACGAAGAGCCUGCGAUGAGCGUCGCGUACAGCCUCACGCCCGAGGCGAUCGAGGACUCGCUUGCGUACCUGACCCGCAACCAGACCAAGUCGCAGCCCAACGCGUCGUACCUCGCGACCGUGCAGGCCGACGGUAUGGUCCUCGAGUGGCGCUCGAACGUCGUGAGCUGGAUGACCAACCUCGCCGGCAUGCUCACAUUCCAGGUCAAGACGACCGCCCUCGCCCUCAACUACUUUGACCGCUACCUCUCGGUGCGCUCGAUUCAGAAAAAGGACGUUGAGCUUAUCGCAAUGGCGUGCGUCCUCGCCGCCUCCAAAUUCAACGAGCAGGACGCGCUUACCGUGGUCGAGGCUGUCUCGAUCGCGAAUGACUAUAGCGCAGCCGACAUUGUGUCGGCCGAGAAGGACCUGCUCAAGGUGCUCGACUGGAAGCUCGUGGCGGCGCUGCCGCACGACUUUCUCGAGAGCUACCUCGCGCUUCUCGACACCGAUGCGACGGUCUUGGACCUCUGCCUCGACCUCCUCUCGCGCACGGCCGAGGACAUGAGCCUCCUCGAGUACCUCCCGUCGACAGUCGCCCUCGCGGUCGUCUCGGUCGCGUGCGACAUGCUGCACAUGCCCUUCCCGCGCGCUCGCUUUGAGCUCGACGCAUCGUUUGGCGUCGUCAAGGAGGCGGUGUUCGCCCUCGCCCACCCGGCGGCCCCGGUUGAAGUCGAGUGCUCGACGCCGACAGCGCCAAGCAAGCUCAAGCGCUCGGCGAGCCCGAGCGGCGUCGAGGACGUCUACUCGUACGACUCGCCGGUGUGCAUCAAGCGCCAGCGUCUCUACUCGGCGUAAUCUCUCUCGUCGCAUCUCUGUCGCUGUGCCGUGCCUUAUUAUUAACACGUUGUCUAUCGUCCAACGCCCUAUAAAUAUAUACCAUUUCUAUUUAGACUAUC